AUGCCCCGGAAACGAACAAGAGACGACGGCGACGACGCUGCCGCUGCUGAACCUGUCGCCAAGCGGCGAUCGGCUCGCCAGGCGGCGGCUGCAUCGACGAAGCAAGCCGACGAAAAAGCUCAAGUGAAGAAGCAAGAGGAGAAGAAGAACAAGCGUACACAAACGACCAAGGGGAAGAAAACAGACGACGACACAAAAGAUACGAUACCAUCAACAGCCCCCAAAGCAAAGGACAGCAACAACAACAACAACCCCAGCUCAAGAGCCGUCUCCGAAGACCCAGACGUCGAGUCCAUUCCCACCAUAAACCCUGACGCGCCCCGUCACGAAGGCGAGUGGUACUGGCUCAUGAAGGCCGAGCCCGAGACUCGUCUCGAGAAUGGCAUCGAUGUGAGCUUUUCCAUUGAUGAUUUGAGGGCCAAGGAUAAGCCUGAGGGGUGGGAUGGUAUAAGAGCGUAUGCGGCAAGGAAUCACAUGCGGAAUAUGAAUGCCGGCGACAAAGCAUUCUUUUACCAUUCCAACUGCAAAGAGCCAGGAAUUGCAGGAAUCAUGGAGAUUGUCAAAGAGUUUUCAGAAGACAGCAAUGCCCGUCGCCCAGGAACGCCCUACUUUGACCCUCAAUCCUCCAAAGACAACGUCCGGUGGAGCCUAGUCCACGUCGAAUUCAGAAAGAAGUUCGCCGUGCCCAUUGGCCUGAAAGAGCUGCGCGAGCUAGGCAAGUCGGGAGGACCCCUGGAGAACAUGCAGAUGCUCAAGCAGAGCCGGCUGAGCGUGAGCAGGGUCAGCAAAGAGGAGUGGGAGGCGCUGUGUGAGCUUGCGGAUAAGAAGGCUAAGGACGCUGGGUUGGAGCAUGAGACGGGCAAGUUGGUCAAGUGA